AUGUGCGCGUGCGUGCGCGUGUGUAUAUAUACUUUAUAAUAUUCGCAGAUUUACUAAGUUAAAAUGACAUCAAUGUUUGACCAGUAUGAGCAAGCUUCACAACGUUCCAAGCAGGUACUAGCACCACCAAUUCGUCCAGAUAUUAGCACAGCUGGUUUUAUCCAAAUGAAAUUACAAGAUGAUGGACCAAUAUUCACUAAACAGAAAGUCAAUUUUCUACCAUCGGAUAAGAUUCUUCACUUAGUCGUUAGCAGUAACAUAAUUGUGAUUGCUAUGGCUAACAACAUCCUGUUACGCAUCGAUAUGAAACAGCCUGACAAGACUGAAGAAAUUGACAUAUCUAAAUAUGCACUGAGCAUGAAAAUGUCUGGUUUAUUUCUGGAUCCAUUGGGUCAUCAUCUGCUGAUAAUUUUGAUGCCAAGACAUGGGGACAACCCACCUCCGGAAUUGUUUUACUUGCACAGAAAAACAACAAAGCUCAGACAGGCUAGUAAGUUCAAAGGCCAUGAGAUCACCGCAGUGGGCUGGAAUUUCUCGAACGUUUCGGAAACCUGUUCCGGUCCUAUUCUGCUGGGUACUUCCAAGGGUUUAAUUUUUGAAACAGAAAUUGGAUUGGAGACCGACAAGAUUUUUAAUAUGAAUUUGGAGCAAUAUUGGCGUCAGCUUCCGAAUUAUCUGCCUCUUUAUGGUACAAAAGAGGCAGGAGGAUUGGUGUUUGACAUAGGAAAGAAUAGCAAGCCUCCAAUUACUGGAAUAGAAUUUCAUAAAAUUCCUAAUUCAGAUAAAUAUAUGAUCAUUGUGACCACUCUUAUGCGUAUCUAUCAAUAUAUUGGUACCAUUGGCAAUCCCGAAGAGAAACCUCUUCUGCAACAAGUAUUCUAUAAAUAUCUGAAUGCACAAGAAAUGUUGAGUGAAAUGUUGAUCUUUUCUAGAAUUUAUAUAGCUCUUGACUUGAAUAAAAAAUGUAUGAUGAUUGGUUAGGUAGAUGCAAAACCGAACACGAAUAAUGUGUUAAUCAAUCAACAGAUGUUGACGUGCCCAGAAACAAGUCUCAUAGGCAGUAAUGUUUCAAAAAUCACUUCAGUGCCAUUUUCCUUCGUGCUGACAGAAUUCCAUGCAUUAUUAUUAUAUCCGGAUCACGUAAAAGGCAUAUCGCUUCUAAAUCAAGAAUUGAUAUUCGAAGAUGUUUAUAAUGACGCAGUUGGUAAAUUAAUUGGCAUCACCAAGGAUCCGGCAACGAGAUCGAUUUGGGCUUAUAGCGAGCGAGCCGUUUUUAAAUACAAAGUAACAAAGGAAGACAGAAAUGUUUGGCAGAUAUAUAUCGACAAAAAUGAGUUUGAUUUGGCUAAACGGUAUUGCGGAAAUAACCCGGCGCACAUCGACCAAGUACUUAUAAAACAAGCAGAAAUGCUCUUUAAGAAUAAAGAAUAUGAAAAGAGCGCACUAAUUUACGCUGAUACUCAUUCGUCUUUUGAGGAAAUCUCAUUGAAGUUUUUGCAGGAAUGGCAAAUCGAAGCUCUGAAAACAUUCCUGCGCAAGAAACUUGAUGGUUUGAAAAUACAAGAUAAGACUCAGAUAACAAUGAUAAUCAUUUGGGUGACGGAAUUAUUUAUGAAUCAAAUGGGAGCUAUACGCAGUAGCAACACAUCUUACCUUCAUGAUUCACAAUACAUGGAAUUGCAGAAGCAGUUUGAUAGCUUUCUCACCAUUCCCAAAGUCGAGGAAUGUAUUAAGAGAAAUUGUACCACGAUAUAUGAUUUGAUGGCCAGUCACGGUGACAAAGACAAUCUGAUAUGUCUUACAAUAAUGCAUUGUAACUACGAAGAAGUGAUUCGCCAGCAUUUAUACAAGAAUGAUUACUUGGAAGCGCUUGGAGUAUUGAAGAGUCAGAACAAUAAAGACCUCUUCUACCAAUUCGCUGGGAUACUGCUGCAGGAGUUGCCGCGGCCUACAGUGACUGUCUUGAUUUCUCAAGGAACAUUAUUGAAACCGGCGAAGCUCUUACCAGCUUUGGUCUCGUGUAAUAGUGACGAAAAGCACGCGAAAGAAAUUAUUAAAUACUUGGAAUUUUGCGUAUACAAGCAGGGUUCACAGGAGCAAGCAAUCCAUAAUUUUCUUCUAUCUUUGUAUGCAUGUUACAAGCAAGAUGAAGUGAUGCGAUAUAUAAGCUCUCAAGGUCAAGAUAUCAGCAUGGUACAUUAUGAUGUACAUUACGCGUUGCGAUUGUGUCAAGAAGAAGGCUUGACAGAAGCUUGCGUACAAUUAUCGGCUCUGCUUGGUCUAUGGACCACUGCUGUAGAUCUCGCGCUUACAAUUAACGUAGAUCUCGCUAAACAGAUCGCCGCCAUGCCAUCUGAUCAUGAUGAUGAACUAAGGAAGAAAUUAUGGUUAAAGAUAGUUAUGGAAUUUUUCAGAUGCACCUUUGUACAUGCUAGGGAUACAUGCAAUACAUGUGAGGUACAAUUAUUACUGAGAUCAUUCUAUGUAUUUCCUUGUGGUCAUAAAUUCCACAGUGAUUGUUUAGUAGCAGCGUUAACACCAAUGUUAUCAAUGGAUCAAAGAACAAAGCUAGCAGAUCUUCAGCAACAGCUUACUGCUAUCUCCAAUCGUUCCGAAGAUACAACUUCAACAACUUCUGUAUCAUUGUCUAGGAGAGAUCAGAUCAAGGUCGACAUUGAUGAAUUGGUCGCUUCAGAGUGUCUCUAUUGCGGAGAACUUAUGAUAGAAUCAAUAGACAAGCCAUUUAUUGAAGAGGAGGAUUAUGAACGUGUGAUGAAGGAAUGGACAUGAUAAAGUUUUCUCGCUAAAAAUGUGAUAAAACAUGUUUAUCAUUCUUUCUUUUCAAAAAAAAAAUUAUACGUUCUGUACUGUAUAUUUACAUAUACUUGAUCAUUGUAUCUUGAUCAUAAAGACCUGAAAUACUUUCCAAAGUAUUACUAUUAAUUUUUUUAUAGUUAUAAUGAAUUAAAAAUGCGUAAAUUAGAAAAACAUUACAAGGAAAUAUAGUGAACAUUAGCUUCAGA